CGCGGCGUCAGCACUGAGCGCCCGGCCAGGAAGCUGAGCUUUCCCGGAGCCGCCACCGCCGCCGCUGCUGCCGCCGCCGCUGCCCCCGACCACGUGCGGAGCCGGCCCGCGUCGGACCCCGCGGGACAGCUGGGCAGGCAGGGCAGGAGCCCGGAGCAGCCCCAGAAGGGCAGGAAAGCCUCUGUAGAGACUUCCACCAUGAGUUUUGUUGAGUACGAAGAGCUCAUUAAGGAGGGGGAUACCGCCAUCAUUUUCUUGGGCCAUGGCUCCAUGUUCCCUGUGCAAGUCCAACGUGGAGCUCAGACACAGACCAAGUAUGGUGUGAUCCGCCAUUCAGCCCAUCUCAUUGGACAACCCUUUGGCUCUCGGGUGACCUGUAGCAAAGGGGGCUGGGUAUAUGUGCUCCACCCCACCCCUGAGCUCUGGACCCUGAACCUUCCACACCGGACCCAGAUCCUCUAUUCCACAGACAUCUCCAUCAUCACCAUGAUGCUGGAACUGAAACCUGGCUCCAUUGUCUGUGAAUCAGGUACAGGCAGUGGCUCCCUGUCCCAUGCCAUCAUCCGAACAGUAGCUCCCACUGGCCAUCUGCACACUGUGGAGUUCCAUCAGCAGCGAGCCCAGAAGGCGGAGGAAGAGUUCCGGGAGCACCGAGUGGACCGCUGGGUGACCGUGAGGAACCAGGACGUGUGUAAGAAUGGCUUUGGCGUGUCCCAUGUGGCCGAUGCAGUCUUCCUUGACAUCCCCUCGCCCUGGGAGGCCAUUGGCCAUGCCAAGGAUGCUCUCAAGGUAGAAGGUGGUCGCCUCUGCUCCUUCUCUCCCUGCAUUGAGCAAGUCCAGCGGACCUGCCAGGCCCUGACUGAGCAUGGGUUCAUCGAAGUCACCACCCUGGAGAUCCUGCUACGAGAGUACAAUGUUCGGACAGCAAACUUGCCCAUGCCGGAUCUGGGGGAGGCCCUGGACCCCCUGCCUGUCCUGGGCGAGGCCCAGUUUAAGAUUGGGGUGCCCUUGAAGGAGACUGUGGGCCACACCGGCUACCUGACUUUUGCCAGCAAGAGUCUGUUUUGAUGCUGCCAAUCGGGAGGAGGGAGGAGGCCGGGCGGUGGAGGGAAGGGGGGCCUGCGAUGUGUGGAGUCGCCCGGUUUUCCUCCUUCGGUCAGAGAAUGCCUUAUAUAGUCAGGCCUCUUAGGCCUGGGCUUUUGCAGAAAAGCCACUCAGCCAGGCACUGGGCAGCCUGCACCCGGGUUUUUGGAAGCCGAGCAAGGGAAUCUGGCCAAGUCCUAUGUGGGGUGUUUACUUUGCAUCUUUUCACCCACCCCCACCCUCUUUCUUAAACUCCUCCAGCAUCCCCUCUCAUCCUUCUCAUCCCUCCCCCCCGCCCCCACUUCCCCUCCCCGGCCCUGUGGCCUGGAUUAAACUUAUUUAGAUUUGGGAGAUCUGUUUUCCACCACCCCCACCCCCAUCCCACCCCAGGCUCAUUUCCUUGGGUUUUUAUUUUUGUCCUAAAGAUUUAAAAAAUUGUCCCUCUCCCCACCCCUGCCACCCAGCCUCUUCCACAUUCCUCUAUGGGUGCUCCGUCCCAGGGCGCCCUGAGGUUUAGCGGAAAAAGCACAAGUUUUAAAAUGGGGACCUGGGGUUGGGCCCUGCUCCGUAUUCAGUGUACAACCUUACAUUGUGGCUUCCUCUCUCUAGACCUCAGUUUCCUCAUCUGUAAAAGGAGAGGAUUGGACUCGAACUCUAACCCCCAAACUGAGUGGCCAGUCUGGUCAGGGGCAGCCCUGGGCAGGCUGUGGUUCCCCACCCCAGGCCUGGCUUGGGGGCUGGAUUCCAGCUGUCCUCAGGAGCGAGCCUCCCUCCUCCGGCGAUUCCCUGGGGAUGGAAGGGCCUCUCUCCCCCUUGCCCUGGAAUGUUGCAGCUGUAAGAUGGAAAAUAUACCAUCCCCAGCCUGUGGCUGACCCCUCUGUAACAAUAGAGAACUUGGUGCAUUCUUUUAAA